GAUUGGACGCGAGCAGCUCGUGAAUGUGCUCCAGCCAGCAGGGGUCAGUGUGUGUGGUGCGUGUUCGUCUCGUUUCUUCGCCGCUUCCAUCAACCUUGAUGGAGUUACACGUGAAAACAUUUGUCCUAAACUGAGCGAUUUAACAUCAUCAAAACAGAUCAGUCAUGGCCAAGUACCUGGCUCAGAUCAUUGUGAUGGGGGCUCAGGUGGUCGGACGAGCUUUUGCAAGAGCUUUACGUCAAGAAUUUGCAGCCAGUCAGGCGGCUGCUGAGGCUCGGGGGGGAGCGGGAAGACAGUCCGCCGCUGCGUCUAGUUUCACAGGAAUGACUUUACAAGAAGCCCAACAGAUCCUGAACAUCUCCACAUUAACACCAGAGGAGAUCCAGAAGAAUUAUGAGCAUUUGUUUAAAGUCAAUGACAAAGCGGUCGGCGGUUCAUUCUAUCUUCAAUCAAAGGUGGUUCGGGCUAAAGAGCGUCUGGAUGAAGAACUGUCCAUUCAACAGCAGCACCAAACCAAACCACCAGAGCAGCAGCAGCAGACAUGAGCUCCAUCCUCACACGCCUCUUCUGGAACUAUGACCCACACCCACAAUAAAACCUCACCUUUUUUUGUACGUUGAAAUGUCACUCAUUGCUUUAUUCGUCCGUCAGAGUGGAGGAGUAUUUUCUGGAUAUUAUUUUUCUCCCGAGGUCUUGUUGGAGUUCACGGAACUUUCGAACGCGUUUAAAAACGUACAUUACUCCUUCAGACGUUUUGAAGGAAGUCUGUCAUUCUCAUCAAGGCUGCAUUUAUUUGAUUAGAAAUACUGUAAGAUCAGUAAUAUUGUGAAAUAUUGGUACAAUUCAAAAUAUCUGUUUUUCUAGUUGAAUAUAUUUAAAAAUCUAAUUUUAUUCCUGUGAUGUCUUCAGCGUCACAUGAUCCUUCAGAAAUCAUUCUGAUAUGAUUAUUUGUUGCUUAAGAAAUAGAAAACCUUUGUUUUAAUGUAUUUACUGUCAUAUUUUUGAUCAAUUUAAUGCAUCCUUGCUGAAUAAAAGUCAUCUUUUUUC